GAAACAAAAAGUGGAAGAAACUUGAUUUACUUGCACUAUAAAUUUCCCUAUACAGAAUUGGAAAGAAAAAAAGCUCUAGUCACUUUCUCUGAUGGAGACGAACACACUUUUUCAUCUUGUUACCAUUUUUACUAUUCUGUUAUCAGCGAAUGCAAACUCUGAAGGUGAUGCUCUGUAUGCAUUCAGAACAAGUGUAAGAGAUCCAAACAACAUUCUACAGAGUUGGGACCCCACUCUUGUCGAUCCUUGUACAUGGUUUCAUGUUACAUGUGAUACUCAUAACAGGGUUACUAGACUAGACCUUGGACAUGCAAAACUCUCUGGCCAUUUGGUUCCUGAGCUAGGAAACCUCCGUCACCUUCAGUUUCUAGAAUUGUAUAGGAAUGAAUUGGUGGGUCCAAUACCAAAGGAACUUGGAAAUUUGAAGAACUUGAUUAGCUUGGGUCUUUACCAUAACAAUCUCACUGCUUCCAUUCCUCGCACCCUCUCCAACCUCUCUAAUAUCAAAUUCUUGAGACUCAACAACAAUAAGCUGACAGGAAGAAUACCAAGGGAACUCACUAAGCUGAAAAACCUCAAGAUCCUAGACCUGUCAAACAAUGAUCUCUGUGGUACCUUUCCCACAUAUGGCUCCUUCUCCAAGUUCUCUCAACAAAGUUUCAGGAACAACCCAAGAGUUACAGGUCCAGAGUUAAUGGGAUUUGUGAGAUAUGAUGAUAUUGGAGGAAGAUGCAAAUGAAAGAAUGACAAUCCUGAGCCAAAUCUUUUGGUUACCAGAUGGUUUCGAGUGUCAAUUUGUAAUAUUGAUAUAUACUUGAUGUAUAAUGGAAAUAACAUAUUUGGCUAUUUUGUUUUUUCCUUAUCCACUUCUACUUUUCUCA